AUGCCCUGGUCAUCGUCCCUGGGCCAGCGUUGCCCCCACAUGUCCCAACACGAUGGCGUCAGAACACGCUUUGGCGGUCAUGUUCAGUCAGAUCGUCGACUCCUGCUGAUUCCCGUGGCACUUCUGAUUGACCUUAUCCAUAAAAAAAAGAAAGGCAGCACAAUCAUGCACUGGGAGUGCGCUGACGGAGCCACUAUGGACACAGCCAACUGGCACAGACAACUUUCGCGUCGACAUCGCACCAUCCGCGACUAG